AAAUCUCAAUUUAUUGCUGUGCAUAACUUUCUUGUGGACAUAAAGGACCAGCUUUGGCAUUUUUUACCGGUGCUUGCAUUUGAAGGAGGAACUAGAAGAAAUAUACCUAGGUUUGAGAUAGGUACUUUGAUUUACGUGCAGGUGGUAAAAGCAAACCCUGGAAUGAAUCCAGAGCUGUCAUGCACUGAUGCCAGUGGAAUAGCAGCAGAAUUUGGUGGCCUAAAAGAUGGCUAUAUGUUCCCAUGUACAAUGGGUCUCUCAAGGAUGCUUCUCAACUCUCCCACAUGUCCAGUACUUGAUGGUUUAGGACAAGUUUGGGUCAAUGCAACAUCUCCACACACAACUAUUCUUGUAGCUAAUGAAAUUAUGAACUCAGAGACAUUGAGUGGUACUCAGCAGAGAAUAAUGGGUGAAAAGCUGCUGCAGAGGAUCCAGUGAUCAAGUUAGACUUAUGAGUAUAUACAUGAUUUUAACCCUUCCAAUUUUGAUUGGCUAUUCUUACAGUCCCUUGUGAUUUCAAUUUCACAGCAUAAUACUUGUUUUGAAAUUGUCAUCUUAUGCCAUUUCCAACUCAUGAAGUACAUUCUUAAUACCUUUUAUGUGCUACCAAAUACCAAUGCUUCUGCAGGGUGAGCACUCUCCACUAGACUACCACCGCUAGCUAAAGGGCACAAAGGAUUAUCAACACCUUCAUGUUUAAUGUGACUUACAAUGAUAUUUAUGAUAAGAAUUUAGAAGUUCUUCGUUACUAGGAGUUUAAUUUUCUGGCUAUAUCAUUCUUUUUCUCUGCUUAGUACAAUAACAUAGUCUACUAGGUGAGGUUGGCUACAUGAAUUGUAUGAUAUCAUUAGUCUCCACAUAUUAUCUGAAUAGAAAAU